GCCAAACAGAUGAACAAUCGCAGUCUAAAACACACAUUUCCAUAGAAAAUCAAAUGCAAAUGGUGAUGACAGAAAAUAUUAUCGAAGUCAGCAGUACUAACAACUUGCUAGAAAACCAUGCGAAAGCAUCUCCAAGUGCAACAUGCAAUAUAAAUAAAUCCUCGGAGCUUUCAGUAGAGCAUCUUCUAUCUGCCACAAGAGGGUACAAAGAUAUCGGUGACGAUGAUGCUGAACUCACAUUUACUGUAAAUCAACAGCACUUCUGCAUCCACCUGCUGUACGACCCAAAUUCAAUUCCAACUGUAACAUACACAACAGAUUCGACACGGGUAUCGCCUUUUCUGAAUGCCGAAGAGAGGCCAGCGAUAUUCACCAAAAAGAUCGCCUUGCUGGCUAAGGUCAAGAAGAUCACGCACAAUGUUUUCACGGAGGCUAUCACAAGGUUCGCACCGCCCGUUGUCGUAGCAACGGUUGACAUGACCUCUAUACAAUACCAGCCUGACCUUGUCCGUAUAUUUUCCGCAACGUAUUCCACUGAGACCCUUGCGCAGCAAUUCUCUCAGUCCACUUUCAUUCAAUCAGAUGACAUUCCAUGCGUUUCAAAAAAGCCACGAGAUGAUUUCGAAUGGGAAAUGAAAUCCCGUGCAACACAUCUUGCUGCAUAUGAAAAUAUAGAGCCUCAACAACAUGAAAACGUCGUGCCUAACAGGGAGAUAGAACUGAAAAUAGAAGCAGGGGGCCAAGAAGAAACAACCCUGGACCCGGA